ACCUACAAUAAAGUCAUGAGGGACUGGAAGCUGCCAACCUGAGCCCCUCCAAAGCCCCGCCUCUUUUGCAUGUAUAUUGUACCUCCCCGCGACGUUCAUAGGUAUUUACAACAGAGCAUCCGCUUUCUUUCUCCUUAUUAUCCUCCGGUUCUUCCCAGCCUCUUUAUUCUUGGGUUUCUACAUAGCCCAUAUAAGUCUGCUUUGGUUGUAACCUAUGACUUAUUAUAUUUGCCGCCGACUCUUUUAUUUUUCCGUGAGGAGCUGAUUAAGCUGAGAACUAGCUACCUAUCUCCGACAUUACAGAUUUGGUAUCUUAGGACCUAGGUUAGUACGCAGAUUAACCUGGACCACACAAGAAUCAGUACCUGUCCAUUGUCGCAUAUCGAUUCGAACCCAAUAUCACUUGUCGCAUCUAUACCCCGAGUUUUGUUCUACGUUGGAAAACAUGGCAAGCUUCGUAACAGAUCUCUGGGAGUCCAUCUUCACUCCCGGAACGACUCCAACUCUCCUCGUCGCCACCAACGCUACAUUCGCGUGUUUACAGCUCGUACUUCUUCUCCUAUUGGUUGGGACAUAUAGUAUUCACUUUGUGAUACUCUCAUUCCUGUGUGGGGGGCUCUGGUGGGCUAUCAACUGGUUCGCAGCCGAGUUGAAGGUAGCACAAGCCAAGGAAGCCCGGGACAAGGCGCGUUCCGAACAAAGAGCGGCCGCACAAUCCUCGGAUGAAAGCGAAGAAACCGAAGUAGAAACCGCAUUCAUCGCAAAAGGGAAACCCACAGCAGUAGCCAAGGAUGUGGAAGUUAUAGAACAGACGGCAGACCUGAAGCUUCGAACUGAACCUUCAUCCGGAACAAAAUCCAGCGCUAGUACAGAGGACGAGUGGGAAAAAGUAUCCGAGAAUGAGAACGAGAAGGACAAAUAAACUAUAGCCUAGACGAAUAUAAUCAUACCCGCUUGGGGCUGGGGUGGCAUUUGCACGAGCAUUUGUAGCGAGGUUGGGCCAGUAGCAUAGAUACCUUUGCAUUUCAGAACUCCGGCGUUGAUUAUCACCUUGGUCUCCUCUAUAUCUGCUAGCAUGUUUAUAAAUGAAGGGAUAGUUACUUCUUUUAGUUAGUUAUUUGGUUUAACCGGUUGUCAAUAUAUAAAUAACAGUCAAUAUGUGUCUUGAG